CUCUCUAUAAAACUGCCCUUGUCUCUGUACAAAAGCCAUUCUGUCCGUCCCUGUCCCUCUGUUUGCCUUUGUCGUCUGCUGAUACCCCAUCAUCACACAGGCAUGUCAGACGCAGAAGAAGAAUACGAGGAGCAGACAGUGGAGGUUGAGGAGGAGCAGGAGGCUGAGCCUGAGCAGCAGGAGGAGGAGGAGCAGGCGGAGGAAGAUGGAGGAGAGCAACAAGAAUAUCAAGAUCAAGAUGCCCAGGAGGAAGAAGAAGAGCGCCCCAAGCCCAAACCCAUGGUGCCCCAACUUGCUCCCCCAAAGAUUCCUGAAGGAGAGAGGGUGGAUUUUGAUGACAUCCACAGAAAACGUAUGGAGAAAGACUUACUGGAGCUACACACUCUGAUCGAUGUACACUUUGAGCAGAGGAAGAAGGACGAGGAAGAACUCAUUGCUCUUAAGGAACGAAUUGAGCGUCGUCGUGCAGAGAGAGCUGAGAUCCAGAGGGUUAGAGCAGAAAAGGAGAAGGACAGACAGAACAGAAUUGCGGAAGAGCGUCACAGAAAAGAAGAAGAGGAGGCCAAGAAAAAAGCUGAUGAUGAUGCAAAAAAGAAGAAAGUGCUGUCUGGAAUGGGGGCGAACUUUGGAGGCUUCCUGGCCAAGGCAGAGUCGAGGAAAGGGAAGCGCCUGACAGGCAGAGAGAUCAAGAAGAGAACUCUGACUGAUAGACGGCAGCCACUAGCCAUCGACAGUCUGAGAGAGGACGGGCUAAAGCAACGAGCCCAAGAAAUGUGGAACUGGAUCUACCAGCUGGAAUCUGAGAAGUUUGAUUUCAUGGAGUGCAUGAAACACCAGAAAUAUGAGAUCAUUGUGCUACUGAACAGAAUCCAACAUGCCCAAAAAUUCAAAAAAGGUCACGGCAAAGGAAAGGUUGGCGGUCGCUGGAAGUAAAUCUGGGAAAUACCAAAAAGGAAAACCACAGGACAGAUGGCAAGGGAGAAAAAAAUGAAGUCACUGUGGGAAAUAAACAUUUCUUCUCCAUGCUUCUCUAGUAUCAGAGCCUUUCUGCUUUCAUUUUAAGAAUGUGGUAGAUAUUAUAUCUCACUGCAAAUUGACAAUAAAAUAUAUGCACUGUGUUUUGAGUAGCA